AUGCCUUCCCGUUACCUUAACGCUGAUGAAAGUGAGAUUGUGGAGAUUGCCAACGAACCGGCCAGCGGUGUAAAUUGUAAUUUCCAGUGCAUCAGACGCCUCAUCGCUGACGAUCCCCUGCAGAUUCCCUACUUCACCCCCAAGCAGACUCCGACGGCGGGCACCGCUCUCGUGCCCGCGCCUCAAGACCCUACUACACCCAAGCUGUUUACGCCGUUGUCUAUCCGAGGAAUUGUACUCCAGAACCGAAUUCUGCUCUCCCCUCUCUGCCAAUAUUCGGCCGAAGAUGGGCAUCACACCGACUGGCACUUUGCCCACCUGGGUGGUAUCAUCUCGCGUGGACCCGGCCUCUGCUUUGUGGAAGCCACUGCGGUCACAGCCAACGGCCGGAUAACCCCGGAGGAUUCAGGCCUCUGGAAAGACUCGCAGAUCGGUCCGUUGAAGCGAAUCGUAGACUUUGCGCAUAGCCAGGGCCAGUUGAUUGGAAUCCAACUCUCCCAUGCGGGCCGGAAAGCGAGCACGGUUGCCCCGUGGUUGAGCAUGAACCGAGGCCCGGGAGCUCCUAUUAAAUCUGUCAAUGGCAUUGACCACGAUGGCUUUGCACCGCGUCACGGCUGGCCAGACAAUGUGGUUGCCCCGAGUGCGAUCGCCUUCAAAGACAAGAACAUCAUUCCUCGGGAGUUGUCUUACGAUGAGAUACAAUCUUUGGUAGUGGCUUGGGGUGAAGCCGUGAAGAGAGCGGUCCGUGCCGGGUUUGAUGCAAUUGAGAUCCACGGUGCGCAUGGAUAUCUUAUUCACGAAUUCCUCUCCCCUGUCUCCAACAAGCGGACGGACGAAUACGGGGGAAGCUUCGAAAACCGAAUUCGCUUGGCCCUCGAGCUAGUUGACAUCUCUCGGCAGCAUAUGACUCCGAGCAUGCCUCUCUUCUUCCGCGUGAGUGGCACCGAGUGGCUGGAGCACCUGGAAAAUGAGCCCAGUUGGGAUGCGAGCCAGACGGUCCGGUUGGCGGAGGCUCUGGUAGAGCACGGGGUGGAUGUUCUCGAUGUAUCUAGCGGAGGGAAUGAUCCCAGGCAGCAAAUCAAGGGGGGACCGGCCUACCAGUCCCCCUACGCAUUUCAGGUGAAAGAAGCUCUGGGUGACCCUCUUCUGGUGGCAUCCGUUGGUGCCACCACAUCCGGUCCGCAGGCUAAUGACCUCUUGAACGCGGGUCUCGAUAUGGUCAUCAUCGGGCGCAUGUUUCAGAAAAAUCCAGGUCUGGUGUGGACGUUCGCUGAAGAGCUCGAUGUUGAUGUCAAGGCAGCCCAUCAGAUUCACUGGGGGUUUGCUGGAAAGCGCCGUCGCCAAUGA